CUAAACCGAGGGGGCCAUCUGCAAAACCGCCAGAAAACCCACCCCCUUCUUCGCUUCGCCUACCUGGGCUUGGGGUCCAGCCCAGCCGAACUAGGGUUUCUUCUCGCCGCCGCCUUCUCGCCUCCACGCCCAGAUUGCUGGCUCUACUUGGUGAGCCGCACCGAUGGCGGAGGAAGCCAAUGGAAAGAAGGAGGAGGAGGAAUUCAGCACGGGUCCUCUGUCAGUGCUGAUGAUGAGCGUCAAGAACAAUACCCAGGUUCUUAUCAACUGCCGGAACAACAAGAAGUUACUUGGUCGUGUGAGGGCAUUUGAUCGGCAUUGCAACAUGGUUCUUGAGAAUGUUAGGGAGAUGUGGACUGAGAUACCAAAGACUGGUAAAGGCAAGAAGAAGGCUCUUCCGGUGAACAAAGACAGGUUCAUAAGCAAGAUGUUCCUCCGUGGGGAUUCAGUCAUCAUUGUUCUCAGGAACCCGAAAUGAGUUGGACGCCUUUGCUAGCUUGCUGUCUAGUCUGUAUGCCAAACACUCCAAACAUAUGGGUGUAUAAGAGAAGAUUCUUGAGACGGGUUUAUCUGUAUCGAUGGUUGAGUGUUUUAGUUGGAUGCUGUGUGCACCUCUUGCAUUCACUGGUACUUUCUAUGUGGCUCGAUCAUCAGUAUAUCGAAUGAAUUUAGAACUCCACUGUUCCAUU